UUAUCUUCUUUUAUCUUAUGUUUUUAUUCAUCAGGACACCAUCUGGCGAUCAAAAACUUGUUAAACUAUUCAAGCAUGCUCCUUAAACAUUCUUGUUUAUUGCAGUCUAGAAUGCUGCAUGUUUAAAGAAGGAUUUCAUAAUGAUAUUGUUAACUUUGCUGUAGUAUUCUCACGCGAAGCGAUUAAACGAUGAUGCUAUAUUUCAUUCAUGUUAUAUCAUUCUUUACAUUUUGGAUAACGAGACAAAAAAGAUAUUUUACAUGAAAGAAAACAGGUGGUUUGAAUUCAAAAAUAGUUUUGUGGUGUUUGAUGUAAUUAGGAAGUGUAUUAUCUAUAUUUUAGGGUGGAAAUGAUUUGUUUGUAGCUGCAAAUACAUAUUUGUCAAACUUGCGCUCUAGUGCUACUUGUAUGUUGUCACGUAAUAUUUUCGCUCUAGCCUCGGAUAAAGGUUUUUGCUCCAUAUAUAUACACGUGCUUUGGAUUGCCUUGACAAUACCAUGAUUCUUUUCAGACAGCUGGGAUGUUUGAUAAUACUCUUUGGAACCAAACUUGGCUAUGCAUCGCCUGUUACUUAUUUCUGGAAUACGUUUCAUAAUACUCAGUAGUGUUAUUUGGGCCCGACCGAUAAUGCUGAAUUUAGACAGCGGUACGGGAUUUAGUAUUGGAGAUGACGGUAGUUUGGAAGAAGACGAUAUUACAAAAACUGAUAAAAGUAUAGAUAGUCUGUCCAAAUUUGGAAUGUCACAGUUUAUUGGCAAAAGAGGAAAUGGAGAAAAUUAUUCAGGUCUGAGACCUAGGUCUGUUGGAAACAGUGCCGGGGCAAAUUUGUCCUUAACUCCGGAAUAUAUGCUUGAAUUGUAUGAUAAACUAUCCAAAGGCUCCCCAGCAUCACACACUUCUAAUAUUAUUAGAAGCUUUAAGAAUAUACCUCAAUCAGAUAGAAAUUCAACAGAAACACCCAAGAAUUUCCGUAACUACAGAGUACAUUCCCUUCUUUUUGAUAUAUCAGCCCUAGAGCUGUCAGAAAGUAUCAAUUCAGCCGAGCUGAGACUUUUUACUUUGAUUACACGUGACCAAAGAUCUUAUAUGGGUGUCAACAGAGUAGUGUCCAUAUAUAAACUCAUAGAUUCAGGACCAACGGCGGGCAUUGACCAAAUAAAAUAUAAACUUAUUACCUCAAAAUACAUUUACGGUGUUGAAAAUGCUUGGGAAAGCUUUGACGUCACAGAAACUCUAAAAAUGUCUUUGCAGCAAGGUCUGAGGAUUGAACGAUUUGAGAUCAGAAUCCAGACAUUGUUUAUGGAUUCAGGAAAUGAUAACAUGGAUAUUAAUGCAAAUCCUAAUGACAUGAAACAACCGAUUCUUGUAGUGUACUCUAACGAUAAUUCCAUUGUACAUGAACACAAUAUAGAAAGACAUGAACUACUGUUACAUGAACUAGGCUCAAGUGCAAGCAGCAAGACCUCAACACAUACUGGUGGCGAUUUAAGCAGUAUGUAUAACUAUAAUGGACAAGGCGUUGGACAUUCUAGAUCAAAAAGAAGCAAAGGCUCUGCUAAGCCGGUCUGUAGACGGCGUCCACUAUUUGUUAAUUUUGAGGACAUCGGCUGGCAUACGUGGAUAAUCGCGCCAAGGGGUUUUCAGGCAUACCAGUGCGCGGGAAAGUGUACAUUUCCUCUAAAUGACCAUCUAUCGCCUUCCAAACAUGCCAUCAUACAGACGCUUUUGCAUACCAUCCACCCAAAACGUGCGGCACGAUCGUGUUGUGUCCCUACAAAGCUGGACCCUAUCUCUAUACUCUAUAUUGACGAACAGGGUGUUGUUACAUAUAAAUAUAGAUAUGACGGAAUGGUAGUUGCCGAGUGCGGAUGCCAGUGAUAUAAACAGAAAAUACCUUUUUUAUAUGUGGAUAAGUGCAAUGAAACAAUCCAUUCUAUUUAUGCAGCGAUGACAAUCUAGAUGUCCAUGGUCUAUUCAUGUGUCCCGUGCAAAGAGCUAAGAACGAUCUAAAUGAUAUACAAACAUGAACUAAGUUUGAACAAUUUAUAAUCUGUGAUUGCCUUUUUCCCACUUUCACAAAAUUCUAUUGAAAGGGAAACGUACUUUUUCCUAGAAAAAUAACGUUGGUGAAAUAUGUAUCUAAUAUACGCACAAAAAAGCAAGAAUCAAUCUAACUAAUCUAUCUAAUAAGUAAAUAUGUGAAGUAAAUAUUGUUAUAGGGCAGUCAUAUGUUUCGAAAACCAUUGUAGGCCAACGGGUACACACUCGUUGUGUUUUUGAUUGUAGUUCCAGAAGCCUGCGAAGAUGUGAAGAAAAUAUUGUUUUAGGGCGGUCACAUGGAUCUUGUACUCUGCAAUACUUUCGAAGGAAAUUAAGCACAUCGUUUCUGCAACAGACAAAGACAUACGUUAUGGAAUUCGUAAGGCCAACAGAUACACGUUCAUUUUUAACGAAUGGAGUAUUUUGCACGAGCAUACCUUGAAGCAACCUUUAGUACUGUUUUUGAUAUAAGAUACUGACUGUGGACAAACAACAUAAAGACUUGCGGCCGGUUCACUAACACUAAUGUUUUCUGUUCAAAUCAUUUAAUGAGGGCAGUUGAUCAAGAAAUGCAGAACAUCAAUCCAUUCAGAUCACAGCUAUAUAAUAUAAUAAACAUUACAUCUCUGAAUGUUUGCUACUAAUAGGUUUCGACAAUGAAAGGUUUCAUUCAUCUUUUGAAUUCACGGCUGUGUUUCCAAUGAUGCAACACUUGAUGAAUUGGUUGUUUUCUUGUCUGCAUUUUUAAUUUGACACUGCCACCCUUGAGACGAUGUGUUUAUGCUGCACAUUUCACCUGUUGCUAUUUAGAUUUAUCUUCACAUUUGUGUUCUGUCUACGAAUCAUUAUAUAACUGUGGGUCUUUUGUCUGCACAAUUAGCUGUUGCCAACAUCAUCCGUACUGAAUAAACAUACAAAAUAUUUUUAUUCCCAUGUUGCUGAUUUAUGCACAUUUCUUCUUUGUUAAUUUGACACAAUCCAUAAAGUGUGUUUGAUACCUUUUUUCCUUGUUUUAAACAAAUUAAUCCAAGUUCAUUUUCAAACAAGUACACUUUAGACUAGGAGAAUGAAAGAUAAAGAGACACAUUAAAUUGUUUAUAUAAAAAGUAAAAUAUUUUUCUUUUUCUCUGACUGCUUUGAAUAAACCGGAUUAAAAUUUU